AUGGCAUACUUCGACAAAAAUUCUCUAGUUAUGGCCAACUCCCUAAAGAACAUAGUUCCUAGUGAAAUAACCUUACUGUCUAUUACUUUGUUUCUCCUUCAUCUAUCGUUGUUUCCUCUCGCGGUUAACAGCUCAUAUGAUGUUUUAGCUGUAAAUUGUGGUCAUUCCAUAGAUACUAUCUUUGAAAAUCGAACCUGGGUUGGGGACAAUGAUGAUACCAAACUCUUCUCUGUCAUUGAACCACAAAUCAUAUCUGUAAAAGCCAAAGCUAAUCCUAACUCUGAUUCUGUUAAUCAUAUUCCAUUUUCCUCUGCACGUAUAUCAUUUUCCGAUUUCACAUUCUCAUUUUCUCCGAUCAAUAGUGGCCCUGUUUUUCUUCGCCUCCAUUUUUACCCAACAUCGUAUCAAAACUUUGAAACCUCCAACGCUCUCUUCACAGUCAAAGUAGGAACCAACCUUACCCUUCUCAAAGACUUUAGCCCUUCACUUUGGCUUCCAAACGAUAACAAGACAAUCACCAAAGAAUAUUGCAUCCAUACCAAACAAGGGGAGAAACUAGACGUAACUUUCAUUCCCAAAAACACAAACCAAUUAAAUGCUUUUGCUUUCAUCAACGGAAUUGAGAUUGUGUCUAUGCCGUCUUUUCUCUAUUACACAAACCUCAGUGACCCAAAUUAUCAUUUGACAUUACUUGACUUUGACAGCAAUGAAUACCAUAUUCCUAACAACAAAGCUAUGGAGACGGUUUAUAGAGUCAGCGUUGGUGAAAGUCAAGUUCCACCUGGUGACGAUACUGGUAUGUUUCGUAAUUGGGACAAUGAUUUUCCUCGUUACUUGGAGAAACAAUAUCCACAAAGCAUAUCAAGUUAUUUUGGACCUGAUCAUCCAAACUAUUUACAAAAUACUAUUCCAAAUUACACUGCACCAGAAGUUGUGUACUUAACUGCAAGAAGUUAUGGAAUGGAUGCCAAAGAGAAUUAUAAUGUGACAUGGAAUUUUAAAGUUGAUUCUAUUUUUACUUAUAUGGUAAGGUUGCAUUUUUGUGAGUUUGAUUGGCAUAUCAAGAAUCCAGGUGAUAGAGUUUUUCAGAUUUUUAUAGAUGAUAUUAUGGCUGAACCAAGGGCUGACGUGCUUUAUUGGAGUAGUGGUGUUCGUAUGGUUCCUGUUCAUAAGGAUUAUGCCUUGACUAUGGAUUCUCAAGGAGGGAGCCGUCAAAUUGAAAGAGUUAAUCUUUCAAUUAAGCUUCAACGAGUACCAGAAACUGUCUUUACAAAAUACAGUGAUGUCCUUCUUAAUGGAAUCGAGAUUUUAAAAAUAAGUGACAAAAAUAACAAUCUCGCAGGACCAAUAUCAAAAUCCAUUGUUCUAUCUCCCCCCGCGUCAAAAAAAAUUAAGAUCACCACAGCUUUUGUUGUUGUAAUUGCAGUUUCAGGCCUCGUGCUAGCAAUUAUUGUGGGUAUCAUAGUUUUUUGGCUAAGGAGAAGGUUUCACAAUGUCAUGGCAGAUAACUUGUCGAAAACAAAGAACACAGAGUUGUCAUCUUUGCCGCCCCAUUUGUGCCGGUCCUUUACAAUUGCAGAGAUCAGAGCAGCCACAAACAACUUUGACGAUGAUUUCAUCAUCGGAGUUGGAGGGUUUGGCAACGUGUACAAAGGUUGUGUCGAUGGAUCCACACUUGUUGCCAUAAAACGCCUCAAAUCAGGCUCUCAACAAGGUGCCAACGAGUUCAUGAACGAAAUCGAAUUGCUCUCUCAGCUUCGCCACAUUCACUUGGUAUCCCUUGUGGGAUAUUGCAAUGACGACACAGAGAUGAUUCUGGUUUAUGAGUUCAUGCAGCACGGUACUCUUUGCGAGUAUCUUUAUGGUUCUAAUAACCAGCCCCUAUCAUGGAAGCAGAGGCUUGAGAUUCUUUUGGGUGCAGCGAGAGGGCUGAAUUAUCUUCAUACUGAGGUGAAACAGAAGAUAAUACACCGUGACGUGAAGAGCACCAACAUAUUGUUGGAUGAAAAAUGGAUGGCAAAGGUUUCCGACUUUGGGUUAUCCAAGGUGGGACCGACAGGGAUAUCAACUACCCAUGUCAGCACGAUGGUGAAGGGGAGCCUCGGAUAUUUGGAUCCCGAAUAUUAUAUGCUCCAAAGGCUAACUCUAAAAUCUGAUGUGUACUCGUUCGGUGUGGUGCUUCUUGAGGUGUUGUGUGCUAGACCACCUUUGGUUCGUGAUUUGGAUAAGAAUACUGCUAGUCUAGUUUGUUGGUUUAAAAAAUGUUACGAUGAAGGUGUGGCAAUUGAACAAAUAGUUGAUCCAUUCGUAAGGGAUUCUAUCACAGAUGAGUACUUGAAAUAUUAUUGCAAGUUGGCGUUAAGUUGCUUGCAUGAUGAUGGGACUCAACGACCCUCAAUGAGUCAAGUGGUUGGGGGUUUAGAGUUUGCAUUGCAAUUGGUAGUGAGUGAAGAAGAUAGCCAAUUUGGUAUGACCCAAAAAGAUAGGACAUAUAUGAGUGAUGAAUGGAGUGACCUGCAUUUUACGAGAUCGCACACCUACAAGGAGAGCACAGUCUCAGCGAGGCUAGGUACUCGAGAACAGCCUUUCUCUGGGAUUGGGAAUCAAAGAACACGGUCGUAUUCAUGCCAAAACUUCAAAAUUUAUAUUUAGCAGUUACAUGGAACACCCUUUUAUACAUGUAAGUGUAGUGUAAACAUAUAUAGUGUAAAACUAAAUAAUUUUUGCACAGCAUAAAAGAUGUUGUUUGAUCAUAUCUUGAAAUUUGAG